AUGUCAUAUCGCACACGUCGAAUCAUUCAUAACCUUUCUCAGCGGCGUCUCACGCUGAUAAUCCCAUUCUACCCGCCUCACAAAGAUCCCAGCCCACCACCUUCGCGGGACACCAGCCCGCACCCACAAGGACAUCGCAUCGGACGACACGGAGACCGGCUCUGGCAGUUCCCCAAGGUGAUCCUCGAAACCCUGAACAUCCACUACAACAGCAGGACGAACGGUGACGCUCUCAAUAACCAAUACAACAGCAGCUACCUCGGCUCCAGCACGUGGUAUCCGUCUAGCAGCACCGGGAGCUUCUCACCCGAACGCUUUCCCAUGUACCCGCUGACCUACGCCGACCUCCUCCCAGACGAAGGAGGAGAACAACAACACCAACAACAACAACAGGAAGGGCGAGAGGACGUCGACGGGACGUACUCGGCCCCAUCGUCAGCGGGACCGGCACCGGCACCCGAACCGGCGCGAGACACCUUCGAGGUCCUACUCUGCGAGAGCCAGCCUUUCGGCCGUUGGCGGAUCCGAAACGGCAUGACGGAGACCCACGAUUCCGUCGAAGCCGCGAACGACGCCGCGAUGCAGAUGUUAGCCUGCUAUCACGGCGACCUGCUGGGCCAGUCCAGCUUGAAUUUCGUCCGGCGGGAACCCGGGGAGACGUGGGCUCGCUGCGACUUGCCGGCGGAGCGGGUUGUGUGGUCGAUCGAUCCGGUGGACGCGACGCUGCAGUUUAGCGGACUGGGGCUUUUUGGGGAGACGUUCCUUAUCUGGGCGCGCAGACGAUGGGCUGGGGAAGUUAUGGAGUAUUGGUGUGGAUAA